CGACGAUCAUUCCAUUCAGUUGAGCUCUCUGAGCAACAUAAUACUACGAAAUGAGUGCAGAGGAUUCUUCACUACCGCAGUCGGCCCAGCGACAGGUGCGCCUGCUCCUCACAACUCGAGAUGGCGACAUUGCUCUGCCAGAAAAUACUGGCCCAAUCCUCGUACCUACAGGCUUACGAAGAUAUGCUCUAUCAACACUGGUCAACAAUUUGCUCGAUAACGAGAAGCCGGUUCCUCUCGAGUUCCUAGUCAACGGAACAUAUUUGCGGACCUCCAUCGACGAAUACCUUACCGCCAAUGGUAUCUCUGCUGAAACGACACUCGAAGUUGAAUAUGUCCGAGCCCUCAUACCACCUUUGCACAUUGCCUCGUACAUGCACGAUGACUGGAUUAGCUCGGUAGAUGUGUUGUCAGCGACAUCGGUUAAGAAUGGCGAGGGACUAGCAGCAGGGCGCGAGAGGAUAUUGUCAGGAAGCUACGACGGUCUUUUGAGGAUGUGGAAUAUGUCCUCGGAAACUAUAGCUGUGUCACCGGAUGCUUCUGAAGGUGGACAUACUGCCUCUAUCAAAGCGGCAAAGAUAAUAUCGCCCACACAGCUAGCUUCCGCCGGUCUGGACAGGACAGUGCGAUUGUGGAAAUACCUUGAAGAUGAAGACGGUUCUUCCGCCUCGAUUUUGCCUCAGCUGGAGCUUUAUGGCCACAAAUCGGGUGUUAAUUCACUGGCCGUACACAACUCGUCCAACAGGAUUCUGUCUGCGUCUGCUGAUCAUACUGUUGGAUUUUGGUCGACCAAGAAGGCUGACGCACCGACUGCGCCGGCUGAAUUGCUGCCAUCAAAUACUUCAAGAAGCUCCAAACGACGGAGACUAAAUUCUUCUGUCAGUACUCCGCAGCGGGGUCCCCUAGCAUUAAUGUCAUCACACACAGGCCCGGUUUCGGCGGCAAUUUUUGAUGGUAAAGACUCAACUGUUGGAUACUCGGCUUCAUGGGAUCAUACUGUUCGCACGUGGGAUCUUGUGACUUCGGCUCUAGUUGACACUCGCACUACCUCGCACUCUCUACUAUCUCUUGAACAUCUCCCUGAACUACACUUAUUGGCAGCGGGCACAUCUGCUCGGCAUGUUACCCUGAUAGACCCCCGGGUCUCGGCGACGUCUGUGUCAGCGAUGACUCUACGAGGACAUACAAAUGCCGUUGUGGCACUUGCGCGUGAUCCACAGAGUACGUAUGGGCUUAUUAGCGGUAGCCAUGAUGGCACGUGCCGUAUUUGGGACGUACGAUCUUCGAGGACCGACAAGGACGGCGUUAUUGGUGAGAGCAUUUACUCGAUACCGCGCAAGAGCUUAGAGGAAGCAGGAAGGGAAGGCUCGAAACGAGUAGCGGGCGAUGGCGUGAAAGUGUUUGGGGUGUGUUGGGAUGCGACUGUUGGAAUUGUCAGUGUUGGUGAAGACAAAAGGAUACAGAUCAAUCGCGGCGAGGGUGUUCUGCCGGCGGGAUCUAGUAAGAGUGGAUAAAAAUAACGGCGUUUAUGAAUGUAUACAUUUUGA